CCUCCUCCUCCUCCUCUUUCGCCUCUCCAGCGCCACUCUGCUUUGGAGUGGAAGAAGGAGGAGGAGGCGAUGAGGAUGAUGAUGGUGAUGAUGAUGCUGCGGGGCUGACUUGGAGCCCAGAGCCGGAGGAGGAGGAGGAGGAGGAGGAGAGGAGGAGGAGGAGAGCCCCCCUUGGACCCCCUCCCCUUCUCCCCCAGGCCCCAGGAAGGGGCGGCAUGGGCGGAUGAUGAAGCCCCUUUUUGGAGACCAUGGGCACCGCCGUCUCCAAGCGCCGCUCGCUCCGCAACGAAGCCGUGGCCUCGGUGGCAGCCAAAGUCCGCGCUGCAAGGGCCUUUGGAGACUAUUUGUCCCAAAACCACCCCGAAGGCAAGAAUGGUUCAGACCACUUGCUGGCGGAGUCCUACAUGGGCCCAGAGGACUCCCCCGAGCUGCUCCCUCCGGCUCCGCAGAACAAGCGCCGGCUGUCGCUCAUUUCGGACGGCAAGUUUGAACGGAGCUUUUCGGAGGACGGCGGGGAGAAGCUGCCAGGCGAAGGCGGCCCCAAGCCCCGGGUCUACACCAUCUCCGGCGAGCGGCCCAUGCUGUCCCAGCACCAGAGCGAGAGCAUGGAGCUGGUGGUCCUCAAAGGAGCGGUGACAGAGGCGGCGGCUGAUGGAGAGGACGGCAACGAGCGAGACGAGCACGGCUCCCAAUCUCAGAACGGAGGCAGCUCCCACGACAUUGGCCGGAGCUGCAAAAGCGACUGGACCGGCCCCAAGGAGUGUCCUGGCUGCGUCCCAUUGGCCGACACGUCCCCGGAGCAUCAUCACCAUCACCACCACCACCAUCACCACCACCACCAAGCGGGAGAGACAAGCUGGCGUCGGAAGAAGCUGGAGAGGAUGUAUAGCAUUGAUCGGGGCUCUGACGAAGUCCCCAUCCGGACCUGGUUUCCCAAAGAAAACCUCUUUACUUUCCAAACCGCCACAACAACUAUGCAAGCCAUCUCGGCAUUCAGGGGCUACGCGGAGAGGAAGAGACGGAAGCGCGAAAAUGAUUCGGCCGUUCUGAUCCAGAGAAACUUCAGGAAGCAUCUCCGAAUGGUGGGGAGCCGCCGCAUGAAGGCACAGACCUUUGCCGAGCGGCGCGAGAGGAGCUUCAGCCGGUCCUGGAGCGACCCCACUCCCACUAAGCCCGAAAACCUCAAUGAUUCCCGAGAAAGCCAUGACCCUCCGGAUCCAUGCUGCGUUCCCGAGAAGGGAGUUGACCUGAACUGGGAGGCGGAGAAGGAGGCCGAAGCCACCGCCUGUAGCGGGGAGGACUUCGUCCCACCCAAAAUCAUGCUCAUUUCCUCCAAAGUGCCCAAAGCGGAGUACGUCCCCACCAUCAUCCGCCGGGACGACCCAUCCAUCAUCCCCAUUCUCUAUGAUCACGAACAUGCCACCUUUGAUGACAUUUUGGAAGAAAUCGAGAAGAAGCUGAACAUCUAUCGAAAGGGCUGCAAAAUCUGGAAGUUGUUGAUCUUCUGCCAGGGGGGUCCAGGCCAUUUAUAUUUAUUGAAGAAUAAAGUCGCCACGUUUGCAAAAGUGGAGAAGGAGGAAGAUAUGAUCUACUUCUGGAAGCGACUGGGCCAUCUGAUGAGUAAAUUGAACCCGGAGCCAAACGUCGUCCACAUAAUGGGGUGCUACGUCUUGGGGAACCACAAUGGAGAGAAGCUCUUCCAAAACCUGAAGAAUCUCAUGAGCCCUUGCCGCGUGACUUUUGAGUCUCCGCUCGAACUCUCCGCUCAAGGAAAGCAAAUGAUUGAGACCUACUUCGACUUCCGCCUCUACCGCCUCUGGAAGACCCGCCAACACUCCAAGCUGCUGGAUUACGACGACAUCUUAUGAGGGCGGAUAACGGGGGUCCGGAGCGGAUAUUUUCCUUGGCGCCCAUGGGGCUGAGCCGUGUGCCGAGAGAGAGAGAGAGAGAGAGGUGCGGCAGGGGACUUUUCCGGUGGACUUUUGGGAGCCCAAGAGGGUACGGCAGAGCCAGACCGUAUGGCGAGGUGGCGAAAGCGUCCGGCGAUGGCGACCGGAUAAUUCGGCGGAGCGGAAACGGAGAACGGGGCGGCCGAUCUCCGCGGGACUGAGCUUGAAGCCGGUCACCGAAGGGCCCAGAACUCCCCUUUUCAGGUCCUUUCUAUAAAAAGACAUUCCAUGCUCAGGUUUUCUUAACUCUAAAGACACGACGGAUCAUCCUUUGAUUUCUCCUCCUUGAGAACGGAGGGGACUCCUCUGUCUUUUUGGCCAGACCUCUUGGAUGGACGCGC